UCAGCUACCCCAGCUCGGCGGGGGAGCGGAAGGCUUGAAUUAUUCCGACCUGUGAGCGGCCCCUGACACCAAAAAAAAAAAAAAAAAGCACAAAAAAGUGGAAACUUUUUUUCCCUGUCCAUUACAUCAAGUUCUGAAAAAUCAAAAUGGAUUUAGAGAAAAAUUACCCGACUCCUCGGACCGGCAGGACAGGACAUGGAGGAGUGAAUCAGCUUGGGGGGGUUUUUGUGAAUGGACGGCCACUCCCGGAUGUAGUCCGCCAAAGGAUAGUGGAACUUGCUCAUCAAGGCGUCAGGCCCUGCGACAUCUCCAGGCAGCUUCGAGUCAGCCAUGGUUGUGUCAGCAAAAUUCUUGGCAGGUAUUAUGAGACAGGGAGCAUCAAGCCUGGGGUAAUUGGAGGAUCCAAACCAAAGGUCGCCACACCCAAAGUGGUGGAAAAAAUCGCUGAGUAUAAACGCCAAAAUCCCACCAUGUUUGCCUGGGAGAUCAGGGACCGGCUGCUGGCGGAACGGGUGUGUGACAAUGACACGGUGCCCAGUGUCAGUUCCAUCAACAGGAUCAUCCGGACAAAGGUACAGCAGCCACCCAACCAGCCGGUCCCAGCUUCCAGUCACAGCAUAGUGUCCACGGGCUCCGUGACGCAGGUGUCCUCGGUGAGCACGGACUCGGCGGGCUCCUCCUAUUCCAUCAGCGGCAUUCUGGGCAUCACAUCCCCCAGCGCCGACACCAACAAGCGCAAGAGAGACGAAGGUAUUCAGGAGUCUCCUGUGCCGAACGGCCACUCACUGCCAGGCCGAGAUUUCCUCCGGAAGCAGAUGCGGGGAGACCUGUUCACGCAACAGCAGCUGGAGGUGCUGGACCGCGUGUUUGAGAGGCAGCACUACCCGGACAUCUUCACCACCGCAGAGCCCAUCAAGCCUGAGCAGACCGCCGAUUAUUCCACCAUGGCCUCGCUGGCAGGAGGGCUGGAUGACAUGAAGGCCAACCUGACCAGUCCCACCCCCGCUGACAUCGGGAGCAGUGUGCCUGGGCCGCAGUCCUACCCCAUUGUGACAGGCCGCGACUUGGCGAGCACGACCCUCCCUGGGUACCCUCCGCACGUGCCCCCCGCUGGACAGGGCAGCUACUCGGCGCCGACGCUGACGGGGAUGGUACCUGGGAGUGAGUUUUCCGGGAGCCCCUACAGCCACCCUCAGUAUCCCUCGUACAACGACUCCUGGAGGUUCCCCAACCCGGGGCUGCUCGGCUCCCCAUACUAUUACAGCGCUGCUGCCGCCAGAGGAGCCGCCCCGCCCACAGCUGCCACUGCCUACGACCGCCACUGACCCCCAGAGCCAGGCAGGCGCCAAGCAUCUUUGACACAUAUCACUGAAGGCCAUAGCCUCCCAGCCCCCUCCAGACACAGCCAGAGGGGCCCAGUGAGACCAUCCCCCCCAGCAACCCCCCACUCGCCAGAAACCCCCUCCCGCAUUUCUUGCCAGGGACUCCAGGGUCUAUGAUAGAGCUAUUGGACUUCUAGACACCUGUCCAUUUCUAAGGUCAACUUAUGAGCUUCUCCCGGUGGUGACUGCAAACCGACAGACUGUUCUGCAGACAACCACAGCCCCAGCGCAGCCUGACAGCACCCCCCCACACCCCCACACCCGAGCUGUCUGACCAUCCACCUCUCUUCCUGCCCCAGGCCUGGAAGGGGAAGUUUGCUUUCGUUGCUUCAACAGCACCCAUGUAAAUACCUUCUUGCUUUUUUUGUGGGCCUGAGGGUCCAGCUGAGCAGACUGCCCACCCAUUUUGCAUCCAGCAUUCUGGAAGUGUCACAGGAGGACUUGGACCUGUGCACAGAGCCACCGUUCUGCCCUGGGUACCCCCCAAAGGUGGGUUUGGAGGUGCCCUUAAGACUAAGGAUGCCCACCUCCUGACCCCAGUCUCCACUCAUGCUACUUCUUUAAUAUCUGGACUAAGAGUCUCAUUGGGUUGGUUUUGCUCUAAGCACCCCCCUCCCCCCAAGACCCCUUCCUGGCUUCCUGCCCCCAUUUCCCUGGGCCCAAUGCAGUGCAAGCAGCUCUUUUCUGUAUCAAAGGACUCACAAGAGAACUGUCUAGGAGAUUCCUCAGCUACUGUUCUAAAGUGAGAUGGCAUCCAAGACACCAAUUGCAUUGUGGACUUGGAACGUUAGGGCCGGACGAGACCCAGAAGAUGAUGGUCCAAGGCGAAGCAUGAGGCUCUCCAGACCCCCUGCCCCUGGACCACAGAACUGAACUGGGAUGUGUUUACUAAGGUGCGCCCAGGCUCAAAUCACAUUGGACACCCACCACGGACACUUCUCCCACCUUCCAAGAUGCCAGAGAGUGGAUUCAGGGCAAGCCUGUCCCUGCCACGUAGACAGUGAUUAACAGAAAGGACUUUGUCUGGACCAAGGACCACAAACACCUUCAUCUGUCAGCCAGAACUUCCUGAGCAGCCCCUCUCCAUCUCAUUGAGCCUACUAUGCAGCUGGGAACCAAGGUGCUCGGGUAGGGGCGGAUGCCUUCUUUGCAUCGUGGGUACCUACCUGCUGAUACAAGGGGCUGUGAUGGUCAGGCCAUGGCCGAGGGCCUUGGUAGCCUGGAGUGGGAGUUGGGAGAACUCACUGUGGGCUGGAGUGGUCAGAAAAAGCGACCUGGGAGGAUCUGGGGAGCAGAGGAAAGCUUCCUAGAAUGGGACAGGCAGUGAGGAACUAGUGUGUGAACUGGGAGUGGUUUUGAAAUGGAGGUACCAGGGGCCACCAUCUCUUUGCCUUGGGCCUCUAUUCCUUGCAUACUAUCUCUUGCCCACUCAGAACAGCCGGGGAGAGGCGUCAUCCAAAUCUGGACUGAAUGAUGGCCGUGACAGUGGACCUGGCCAUCCCCUGUGACAAUGUGCCCGAUGUCUGCAUGUCACCAGGCUGGCCAGGAGCUGGGGUGGAGAGCGCCAUGCUUGAUGUCAUCAGGCCCAAGAGGCCUUGUCCUGGCUGUACCUUAGCCUGCCGUGCUGUGGGUCCUCAGGCAAGACCUUUCACCUCUCUGAGCCUCGGCUGCCUUGGCCCAGCAGGGCUCCCCCGCAGGACGACCCGACAGCUCUCUCUCCCUCCCUUACUUCCUCUGCCCGUUUGCCGGGGCUAUGACAGGGGCAUCUGGGGCAGGCCCUCCACUUCUGAGCAGGAAGACGGGGGCACCUGAGUCCUGCUAAUAUUUGGACCAAGUUUUUAAAAAAAGAACACCUAGAGGGGUGAAAAUCAGCUUUGAGGAAGGCGUAAGUCAGCUCCCCUCAGGGGAAACUGAAGCCUCGCUCGGGGAGACCUAGGACCAGGCAGGGAGACAGAG